AUGCCUCUCACAACACCCUCAGUCUUCCCGCCCCAGUCGGAUGAAUUCAUGAAGUUUCCAAGCCGGCGAAGCGUAGUUCACAACACAAAGGGCAUCGUCUCGUGUACGCAGCCUCUGGCAGCGAAAUGUGGUAUCGAGGUACUCAAGGCCGGCGGAAACUGUGCUGAUGCUGCAGUGGCUGUUGCUGCUGGGCUCAACAUGACCGAACCGGGCUCGACCGGCAUCGGUGGCGACAUGUUUUGUCUUUUCUACGAUGCCAAGACGCAAAAGAUCUCGGCCAUGAAUGGAUCAGGUCGCUCCGGAAGCAAGUGUACACUCGAGACCAUUCGCAGCUCGCUAGGAAUCCAGGACGGCCAAGACGGCAAGAUUCCCAUGACCAGCGUGCAGUCCGUCACUAUCCCAGGCGCAGCAGCCGGCUGGUGCGACACUGUGGAACGUUUCGGAAGUGGAAAAGUGACCAUGGAACAGAUUCUCGCGCCGGCCGUUGAACUGGGCGAGAAGGGAUUCCCAGUGUCAGAACAGAUCGGGCACUACUGGAACGCUGCCGAGCAGACCAUCCGUGAUGCAUCUCCAAACUUUAGCGAAAUGCUCAAGAAUGACCCGGCUGCUCCUGAUGGGGUGCGUGCGCCCAAGGCAGGCGAGAUCAUGAAGAACCCAACCUUGGCCAAGACGUUUAGAACUCUGGCCUCGGAAGGAAAGAAGGGCUUCUACACUGGUCGCAUUGCCGAAGAAUUUGUCAAGGUCGUCAAGGACCUGGGUGGCCACCUCGAACUUGAGGACAUGGCGCAUCAUCUUGAAAUGGGCAGCGAGCCGGUCGAGCCCAUCUCGCUCAAGUUUAGGGGCCAAGGUGUAGCCGAGACUCUGAAGAAGUCGAUUCCGGGAGGCAACACUUCGGAUCUGGAUCUGGGCGUUGAGCUUUGGGAACACCCGCCCAACGGCCAGGGAAUCGUGGCUCUGAUGGCCCUUGGCAUCAUCCAAGAGCUGGAGCUUGCGGGCAAGAUCCCCGCUUUCAAGCCGGAAGAGUUCAACACAGCGCCGUACCUGCAUGCCAUCAUCGAGGCUCUUCGCAUCUCCUUUGCAGACGCGAGCUGGUGGGUCACUGAUCCCAACGUGGAGAAAGUCCCUACGGCGAGUAUGAUCUCAAAAGAGUACCUUGCCGAGCGCGCAAAGCUGUUCAGUCCCGACCAGGCUUGCCCGGUUGUACACCACGGCAGCCCAGCACUGCAAAGCAGCGACACAGUUUACUUUGCCGUAUCAGACGCCGAAGGUAACGCCAUCUCCUUUAUCAACUCCAACUAUGGCGGAUUCGGAACUUGCAUUAUCCCCAAGGGAUGCGGCUUCACGCUGCAGAACCGAGGCGCAAACUUUAGCUUGCAGGCUGAUCACCCGAACGUGCUUGCGCCAAGAAAGCGACCCUACCACACUAUUAUUCCAGCAGCCGUGACCAACCUACACGAUGGCUCAUUGCACAGUGUCUACGGCGUCAUGGGUGGCUUCAUGCAGCCUCAAGGCCAUGUCCAGGUCCUGCUUGGUCAGAUCGUGGGCGGACUGAAUCCCCAGCAGGCUCUAGACGCACCGCGUAUCUGCAUUGGAGCUGGAAUGCCCGAGCACGGCAAGGUCUUUGAUCCGACAGUGAGUGUAGAAGAAGGGAUGCCCGAGGAGACAAUCGAAGGUCUGAAGAAGCUUGGCCAUACAGUCAAGGUUGUGACUGGCCAAGGCAGAGGGUUAUUCGGUAGAGGUCAAAUCAUUCGCUGGAGCCUUGACGCUGUCGAGAAUGAGGGCAUCUGGUCGGCUGGAAGUGACCCCAGGGGAGAUGGUGCCGCCUAUCCGCAAUAG